CCAGCAUGUCUUGAUAUUUCCUUCUCAUAACUAAUACACAAAUCGCAUUGUCACAAUGCCGUUUAUAGCUAACCAGUCUUCAAAGAAUAGGGAAGCAAUGAGCGGUCGAAAGGCACAGCAGUCACCGACUUUGAAAGUGAGCCAUGGCCUCCGUCGAAAGACAUCGCUCAAGGACUUCACUCAGAAGAUGAGAAAAGAUCAGAAGGAACAGAAGUACAAGCUAAGGGAGGAGGAGAAAACCACCUGGUUGAAUACCAAUGAUCAGACGAUUGCAGUACAGAAGAAUCACAUGAGGAAUUUUGGAAUGGACAUGAAUAAUUUCUUCAAAAUUAAUGAAAGCAAUACCUUUCCAUUGGAAUCAGCCAAAUCUGCGGAUGUGACAAAGGUAUCGCAUACACCCAAUAUUGCCAUAGAUACAAUAAUACCACCUAAGCCGUCCAAGAAUGGCCUUGCUAUUAUUCUAUACAAUUUUUUAAGUCCCGAUAUUGUGACUUUCGUUAAGAAACGCACUUUGACAAUGAAAUCUCCUCGACAGUAUAAAUCCGGUAGAAAUAGAAUUGCGAAACAUAACUCUUAUGGAAAAAAGUCAUCCAAAUCUUCUAUUGCAAAUACCAGGAACCCCGUAGAAUGGGAAAAUACAACGCCUAGAAAUAAUACAGAUCGCGAUUUAAGAGAGAAUGACCCCAACUCUGAUCCAGAAAGUGAUGGAACGGUUUGCGAGGAAGAUCGUUUAACCGUCAGAACUGAAGAACCGAAUUCUUUGUCAGAUGAGAAGUUUGUUUUAGACAUAAGUGUAAAUAUAGUAAGGGAAGAACCCAAUCGAUCGGAUAAUGAGUUGAUUUUGGAAAAUGAAGAAUGCAAAAUGUAUGUUAAAUCAAAUCUUAACGAGGAAAAGAAAAAUAAAAAAGCCAAGAAUGAGUUAGAAACUAAAAAUGUUAUCGAGGCAACAUCCGAAGGAACCGAAAACUUGGAAAGCCCCCGGAGUGUAGCCGUAGUAACUCCACGUCUAAAUAUUCCAUAUCAGACUACUCCCGCGCUGCCAGGAGCAUUAGCAUCUAUUUCCGAUCCGGGGACCGAUGAUGAUGAAGAUGAAAAUUAUGAUGAAGUUUAUCCCGUAUCCAGUAUGUAUAACCAGCCCAUUCGCAUUCCCCGACCAAGACUACAACUCCAUAGAACCAUAAGAUUCCGCGAACAUGACAACCUUUAUCCUGUGACCUCCUUUUUCAGAAGACUCCUGUCGGAUGUAAUAGACAAAAUCUCGAAGGACGAAAAUCUACGUCGUAUAAAUACAAAUCGCAUUCGGAAUAUUACCCAAACUAAUAACCAAUUACUUAAGAUUUGUGAAGAGCGAAAGGUGGCAAUUGAAGAAAAUUAUUCAAAGAAAGACGGAAAGAUUUUAGUGAAGCCUGGAGUCCAUUGGACAGAUAGAUAUCUGUAUUACAUUUUUCCUGGAAUACUGGUAAUGGGCCUUGUGUUUUCAAUCUAUUAUUUGACAUACAUAGGGCGACCUGUACCUCUAACACUUUGGCAGUGUUUUCUUCUUGUGUUUUUUGAAAAAAAAGAAUGAAUAAUUUCCAAAUUAAUAACUGUGAAAAUAGAAAAAAAAUGUUAUAUAUUUUAACCCAGUAAAUAACACGUUUAAAAUGCGGAUCUAUUUAUGUUUUGUGGAUAUUGUUCAGAAAUUCAAAAUUCCAAAUUUAUAU